ACCACCACAUUUACACUUCUUUCUCCCUCCAUCCAUCCACUCUAGUCUCGUUCUAAGUAUGCUCUGUGGUUGCGGACUUGCGGCUAAGUCCGAUCUUCCACAUCAGAAAGAAUUACUAGAGUUAUACCCUAAAGCCCCCGUCCCUUAUAAACCCGUCAAACCUAUGUCCGGCUUCCGCCAAAAAAUGGACGAAGAGGCUCUUCGGGUAGGUUCUUGGUUUUUCUUUUGUGAUUUUUUUUAAUCGAAACAAUUUGAUUUUGUAAUUUUUUUAAUCAAAACAAUCUGAUUUCAUUUUUACUUUUUUUUAUAGAUGGGUGCCGAGAUAUACGAUCCUCGAUUUUAUAUCCAUUAUUAUGGGCCAAGAGAUACGAGGUAUUUAACCGAUCAAGAAGCACAUCGCUCCCGUGCAAUUUGGGACAACAAUCCGGUAAAUUGAUGAUUUAUUUUGCUUUAUUUUAUUAUUUUGUAAGGUUUUAUUUGGCUUUCUUUUAACUAACAAAUUGAUGUUUUUCCUGUUUUUUUAGGAAUCACUUAUUCCUAUUAUUCAUAAAGGGACUACAAACCUUCCCGCUUGACAUGAUCGGUUGGCGCCGUAUAUAGAGAGGACCGGGUUGGGUAUGCUGAGGCAUUUCAUGCGGAUUGAAAUCGACAACGAUCUGCUUACGGCAAUGUCGGAGCGAUGGAGCCCCGAAAACUAUACGUUCCACCUUCUGGAGGGGGGAAAUGACGAUCACCCUCAAAGAUGUCGCGAUCCUCACCGGGCUGCCGAUUUCUGGAGAGGCCAUCAUUGGUACCACUACCAAACCAGAAGGAGGUUGGAGGCCGCUCAUUCGUGCUGAAUUGGGAUUUGACAUGCCGACCACCACACCAAUUCAAGGACGGGGGGCAUCCACCGUUGAAUGCGGGACAAGUGUCGGUCUCGUGGCUCGUAACUCACAUCCAAAAUGAGGUGGAAAUCAAUGACGAGACUCCGGAAGAUCAAGUAGAGCGCAAUGCACACAUCUACCUCAUUGGUUUGAUGGGUGGAUUUCUGUUCCCCGACAAGUCAAACAGGUGGAUUCAAGGCAUAUGGUUGUCAUUGCUCACUGGUGACUGGGACGCAAUCGGGGAAAAGAGUUGGGGAUCGGCCGUGUUAGCUGGCAUAUAUAGGGAGCUCUGUACUUGCUUGAAGGUGGGAGCGAGACAAGCUGGUGGGGCGAUGUUCAUCCUCCAGCUCUGGGUAUGGGAGCAGCUUCCAAUGUUCGCACCUCAAGACCCAGGUCCAUACUGGAGAGCAGAUGAUGAGCUACGGUUUGUGCAAAAUCUCCCCUAUGGUGCCAAGUAAGUUUAUUCUGUACUUAGCUAGAUUUAAAUUUAUUCAAUGCUUCGGCAUAUUUAAAUUACAUUUAUUCCGUACUUAGCCUAAUUGCAAAUUUAUUCCAUGCUUAGCUAGAUUUAAAUUACUACCUAUACGAACUUAGCCUAAUUGCUAAUUUAUUUCAUGCUUAGCUAGAUUUAAAUUACAUUUAUUCCAUACGUAGCCCAAAUUUAAAUUUAUUCAAUGCUUUUACUUACAAGGUGGAUAGGAGCAAAUACAAACGAUCAUCAAUC